AUGUGUGUGAAGCUGCGGGUUGCAGCUAGAAGGAUGAGAGAGGUGGUAGAGGCAAGGAGGGCUGAGAACCAAGCUAGAGCAGCCCGUUAUCCUGGUCCUACAGGAGGAGUGGGGAAAAGAAGUCAGUACAGCUCUGGGAGCUCGGGUAGCUCAGGGAGAAACAGGAAUCAAGGGCAGAAUCAGAGGUCGAACGCUCAGAGGGGCUUUAUGCAAAGAUGCAGGGGUAGGCGUGCGAGGCAAUACUGGGAGUGCUUUCGAUGCCACCGGUGGGGACAUAUUGCCAGAAACUGCCCAGAGAGUCAACCGACACCUCAAGCUGGCCGUUCUACUGUUAUGGGACGUGUCUAUGCCAAGACAAAUGAGGAGGCUUCUGCAUCUCCAAACUUGAUUCGAGGUAACAUUCUACUUGAGGGGCAUGUUAUUUCUGCUUUAUUUGACUCGGGUGCUACGCACUCCUUUAUUUCUGUGGACUGUGUUCAGAAGUUGAGUUUGCCUGUGGUUGUGCUACCUUAUGAUUUGAGAGUGUCUACUCCUGCGGGAGCCACUGUCGUAACUGGAAGAACGUGUCUAGAGCUUGCACUUCAGUUUGAGAAUCGAGAUUUUACAAUAGAUUUGUUUUGUCUACCUCUGAAAAGGUAUUGA